ACAGUGAACGGACCGGUAAGGUGUGUCAGCCAGUAAAGGCACAGCGCCAAAGGCAGCUAAAUCAGCUGGUUAGAGAAGAAGGGGUGCCUAAUACAGCCACUAACCUCGGCCAACCAUCGGACGGCUCGGAUUCACACCCUUCACCGAACUCCCAACGAUGAGCGGCGGGACGAAAGACUCGUUCGACGAGCAGCUCGUUGACGAAAGCUCCCAGUAUAUGCUGGACGAUUUGCAGCUGGCCGCCGAACUGGGGAAAACGCUGCUCGAACGCAACAAGGAGCUGGAGGCAACACUCAAGUACCAUCAGAGCGUCAUCGAGGACCAAGUGCAGGAAAUCGAAUACCUAACGAAACAGAAUGGCGCACUGCGCGAGGUGAACGAUUCGCGUAUGAAAAUUUACGAACAGCUGGAAGUGAGUAUCCAGGACCUGGAACGCGACAAGUACAAGCUAGCGCUAGAGUACCAGGCCGAAAAAAAGCACGUUAAACAAUUAUGCUGCAAUAUCGAGAGCCUGGAAACCAAAGUGGAGGAGUUGACCAGGACGCUCGAGGAGGUACGACGGCAGGCACAGGCAGAGCGGCGUAGCAAAUCCGAACGGUCGGCUACCCUUUCGCCGGACGCAAACACCUCGGUCCAGUGGGGUGUGGAGCUAAAUGCCAAACGCAGCGGGUCUGUCGCCAGCCGAAACAGCGACACAGAACAGCUGGCCGAUGUGGCGGGUCACCGGGUGUCCACGGUGGAGCCGUCCGGUCCUUGUUUGCCAUCUUUUACCGGCGAUUCCGCCGUCAGUGGGCUACGAGGGAGCGGAAAUGAUGAACCCUCGGAAGCGAGAGCUGACAGAGGACAGAUCGAGCUAGACGAGCUGCACCGCGGCGAUGAGGUGGAUGAUGAGGUGAUCCGCAUGAUACAGGCGCUCGAGCGAACUCAGAAAAGCUUUAUGCUCGAGCAGAGCAAAGUGGUCGAGCUGGAGGAGCAGCUGGCAGCCAUCGCACAGGAGAACCAAGCGCUCCAAAAGAAACUGAUGCAAGUGCACCCGACCGAAGAGAUGAUAUCCGUGCAUCACGAGCUGUCGGUUUUGGACGAGGUUAUGCAAGGGCAAAUGUGCACGAGGUGUUUGCGGGGCUUUGAGGAUCGUCCCGAUGGGGACUCAAUCAUCACCGGCACGGAAGACGAUGACCGCAGCCUAAUCGAUCUUAUCGAGAUCUCCGACGUUCCACGGAUGUACCGGUCGUCGAUAAACAUUCAGCUCGCACCGACAAAACCGGAUAGCUUGGACCUGUCGGGAGGCGCCAGUGCCGCCGCCAACCCGUACCGCGAGCUCGUGGAAAAGUACGAAGCACUGCUCGAGGUGCACCGACAGCCGGCUCCAGCGGUACGCAAGACUGCCACCGGCUCCGGCAAUAACACACCCGUCGACAGCUGCCAACCACAGGAGUUACCAAACGGUGGUGGCGGUGGCGCCAGCAGGGGAUCCUUUGCCGAUCCUCCGCGCUACUUGAUCGAGAUCAAUCCACCGCUGAUGGGCGAAGCGCAGUACCACGGUCGGCGACCAUCGGACGAGCAGCGGCCACCAACGGUCGUCGCAGCAGCUGGCGAUGGUAGUGGGGCCACUGGCGCCGCCGUACCCGCGAAGGGCGCCCCGCAGUCGGAGUACUCGGAGACGGAGACCGCUAGCUCGGGCUACUCGGACGAGGUGAGCAACAAGGCGACGCAGACGGACGAGAGCCCGCGUAACUUCCUCUGCACGAUCGCGGACGGCAAGGACUGGCGGUUCAGCAUCUACGAGGACCAGAGCGCGAUCGACUCGCGGUUCCGCUUCAGCCCGGCUCACCGCGAGCUGUUCCGAGAGAUCUUCAGCGUGCUGAAGCGGGCCGCCGAGAACCGGGACGAGGGCGAUCAGCUGCCGUUGCUGGACGAUACCAAACCGCCGGCCCCAACGGUGCAGCCAGCGGCAGCGCCGGUGCCGAUGGUCGGGCUGACGGCGUCCCGGGUCCCACCGGUCACGCCGGCCAACGAAGAACCGCCGAGCGAGUUCGGGGACGGGGACGAUACUGCCAGCUUCAUCACCACUACGUCGUCCGCCGUCAGCGAGCAGUCGUUCGCCAUGUCCGAGUGCAUCACCAAAUCCGAGCGCCGCAAGAUGGCGCGUCAGCAGCACCAGCAGCAGCAGUCUGGUGGGGCGGCAGCCCAAACGGACGACGGGCCAAACGGGGCAGUCGGCCAGCAGCCCACCCCGGGCAUACUUCCACUCCCGCUCGAAUACCUCUCGGUGGCGGUGGGCGUAAGCAAGCGCCGUUCGCGUCGCCGACGCAGCCAUCGCACCCCACCCGGUGCUGACGCUGGUCAACCGGUAGCGCCGCCUGCGGCCUCCAUCGCACCGCAAACCACACCCCGCAGCCAUGGACGGAAGAACCGUUACCGGCCGUGGAACCCCGACAAGGACGGCGUCGGUGGCCCAACGAUAUCGGUGGGGUCGGGCGGCCCCACUUCCGGCCGGCGGCCGACCACCAAAUGGGACGGCAGUACGAUGACGAUCUACAACCGCUGCCUCAAAUCGCCAUCCCUCUCGCCAUCGGCAGCGGCAGCGGCGGCGGUGGCCACCACCAGUACCCCGGCGACUGAACGUAGCCACAAAACAGCGGCCACCAGGCCCAGCUACGGCAACCGUUACGCCGAGCUGGCCGAGGACGACGCCAGCGAAAUCGUCCAGUUCAUGCCGUCGACCGCAUCCCAGCACCUGCACAACCUACAGAAGCUCGAUCUGUCCUACGCGGAGGUGCUGCGCCGCGCCGACACCUGCCAUCCGUAUAAUGUCUCCCGACGUCGCCACCAGCAGCAGCCGCAGCCGUAGUAGCACUAGAGGCUCUUCUCCUAUCUUUUAUCAC